AUGGAUUUAAAAAUUAAAAGAAAAUCGACACGUACUGCACAUAGCAGCAAUCUUUUAGAAAAUUAUCCUCAUGAUCUACAAAUGUAUAAGGUUCCUCCUAUUGAGAAUAUAAGAUUACAUGAAUUUGAAACUUUGGCUCUAGAAAGGCUAACAUUACUGAGGUGCUUAGCGACCGCUACCACUCUCAAAGGGUUGCGUAUAUAUUCAAACGAAUGGAGAGAAUUUGUAUUGAACGAAUUACGAUCGCAAGGGUUAAAAUACUAUGCUAAUCUUUGUGACAUAUCAGGAUUUGGAACCAGUGAAGCUGAUUUGCAGGCCAGACGUAAAGAUCAUAUUGGACAUUUUAUUCUUAGACUAGCUUACUGCAGAACAGAAGAAUUACGGAGGUGGUUUGUUGCAAGAGAACUAGAACUGUUCAAAUUGCGGUUCAUGACUAUGAAAUCAGAAGCAGUUGUUGAAUUUUUCAAAAUCAACAAAUUAUGUUACACUAACAUUUCAGAAGAAGAAAAGAAUGAAAUCAUUGGUUGCUUAAGGGAAUCCACAAUGCACCAAAAAGUAGAUUCUCUCAAAUUUUAUAAAGUCAAAUUUUAUGAAGUUCUCGAUCUUGUCAAAUCUAGAAAAGUUUACAUUCAGGGUGGAUAUGCAUACAUCCCUGAUAAAGAUUUUAUAUCAGUUCUUUCUGCACAGUAUAGAAUUCACUUAAAGCAGAGUUUAGUAGUUGCCUGUCAUCAUCUAGGUGAAAUUGAGCAGGAUGAGAGACUUGUCGGUUUAUUAAAAGGUCUACACCAAUCCUAUUCUGGUGAUGAUUACAGUGAUACAAAAGUUGUUGUACCUAUUGAAACUCUUGAUUCCCUGUCAGUGAAAUCAUUUCCUUUGUGUAUGAGACAACUUCAUGAACAACUGAGAUUAAGCCAUCACUUGAAACAUGGUGGGAGACUACAAUAUGGGUUAUUUUUAAAAGGUAUUGGUGUAACUCUUGAAGAUUCCUUGAGAUUCUGGAGAGAUGAAUUUACCAAAAUAAUGGAUUUGGACAAGUUUGAAAAGCAAUAUGCAUAUAACAUCAGAUAUAAUUAUGGUAAGGAAGGAAGCAAAAAGAACUACUCUCCUUUUAAUUGCCUAAAAAUUAUUAAUAAUAAUGUUGGUCCAGGAGAUUGUCAUGGCUGUCCAUAUAGGCAUUGUGAUCCUAGCAAUUUGAAAAAUAGGCUUAAAGGUUAUGGCAUAGAACACCAAGCUCUACAUGAUAUAGUUGACAUGGCUAAAAGAGGUCAUUUUCAAAUAGCUUGUAGUAAAUACUUCGAUGCUGCUCAUAACACUGAAUUAGGUUUAGGAAUUAAUCAUCCAAAUCAAUACUUUGAGGAAAGCCAGAAAAUUCUUAAGGGUGAAAACAAAGUUGAAAUAAAAAAAGAAACCAAGCAAACUACCAUUAAGAAAGAACAAUCUAAACAAAUGGAAGAUAUAGAUUUUGAUGAGAUAUCAGAGUGGAAUGAAUAA